AGAGUAAGGGGGAGAGUGAGAUAGAGAGAGACGGGGAGAGAGACAUAGACAUGCACUGAGGAGGAGGAGGGGGAGGCUCCUGAUAGCAAGACACGGAAAAGCAGGGGAGGGAAAAGAGAAAGAAAUAAGGGGCUGGUGGAGGAAGAAGAGCGGGGAGUGGGAGAAAAACAGGGGGAAUAACACUUAAAGAAAAGCAUACAGACGAGAGGAAGGACAGUACCUAGUGCUUUGGACAUCCCCUCCUUUCUUCUCUCAGACUGUCACACCAGAUUGUACUCCGAAGGACCGACACCGCGUCCACCCCAGACCCCAUGGGGUAACAGCAGAUGUUUGGAGGAGAGGCUUUUGUUCAGCUACACAGAUGAACAACAGGAAGGAGGACAUGGAGAUCGCCUCUCACUACCGUCAGCUCCUCAGAGAGCUCAAUGAGCAGAGGCAGCACGGCAUCCUCUGUGAUGCCUGUGUCAUCGUGGAUGGAAAGAUCUUCAAGGCCCAUAAGAAUGUCCUCCUGGGCUCCUCACGCUACUUCAAGACUCUUUACUGCCAGGUUAAAAAGGGGGCAGAGCCUCACCACCAGACUACUGUCACUCACCUAGACAUUGUCACAGCGACGGGCUUUAAAGCCAUUCUGGACUUCAUGUACUCAGCACACCUCGCCCUCACCAGUAAGAACGUGAUCGAGGUCAUGUCAGCCGCCAGCUACCUGCAGAUGACAGACAUUGUACAGGCCUGCCACAGCUUCAUCAAGGCGGCACUAGACAUUAGCAUCCGCUCUGAGAUGGCUGACGAACUGGCCGACUUUGAGAUGGGAGCUGUCGCUGCUGCUGGCAUAGGCGGAGGAGGUGGAGGAGGAGUGGGUAUAGCAGGACCAGGGGGUGUUGUGGGAGCGGGUUUAGGAGGAGGAGGAGGGGGAGGGAUAGUGGGUAUGGCUUCUGAAGCCCUGGCCUCCAUCAUGUCUGGUCGCAGCACCUCCCCUUGGCUGGCACGCCGCACCAGCCCGGCCAACUCUUCUGGGGACUCUGCCAUUGCCAGCUGCCACGAGGGAGGCAGCACGUAUGGCAAGGAGGACCAAGAACCCCCCAAGAGCCACGAGAGCCAGGAGGAAGCCUGCCAUGACUCCCAGCCCUCCUGGCCACACGACUACAGGCCUGUCAUUGUCAAAGAGGAACAGGUGUCCCCUGCCUCCUCCUCUCAUCCCCGGGACACUCCCAGAGGGGCAGCCCAGAGCCAGGGGGAACAAGGGGCUGGAGGGGCUGCUGGAGGAGGUGGAGAGGGUCCCUGGCAACCCCUGUCAGGGUCAGGGCGGAGGAAGAACAGGAAGAACAAGGACACGGUCAGACAUAUUACCCAGCAGGCUGAGAGGAACUGGGAUAGAGAGCGGGACAGGGAGAGAGACAGGGACAGUAGGCCUGGAUCUCCCCUGCCCUCCAUGCUGGCUGUGGCUGGAUGGAACUACAACGGACAGGAAAUCCCAGGGGCAGACGUGACCGAACCCAACAGCUCAGACAGCCGCGGUGAGCGCCUCGACUUCUUCCUCAAACAGGAAGAGGCUCUCACCACAGAGCCCAGCUACCUGGGUUCCAAUGAAUCAGAGGAUGCUGGGGGAGGAGCUGGGGGUGGCACAAUCUCAUCUGUAGCCAAUCUGAAGGCGGCACUGAUGAGUAAGAACAGUCUGCUGUCGCUGCGGGCUGAGAUGAUGGGAGAUGAUAACCCCUUGCUGUAUGAGUACCUGCCCAAAGGAGGACACUCCCUGUCUUGGCUCCGCUCCAACAACUACUGCAGCACGCUCCGGCCAGGGGCCACAGGGGCCACUAUUCAUAACAAACAGGGGGCUGGCUCCUCUCCUCCUCCUCCUCUUCCUCCUCUUCCUCCUCAUCUUCCACCAUCAUCAUCUUCACCACCACCAAUACCGCCAUCAUCAACAUCAGCAUACUGCCCACCCAUCCAACCCACGCCACUGUAUCCCUCUGAGCCCCGGCCCCUGGAGGCCCCAGGUCUGUGGGCUGGGGCACCCCCGCUGCGCUCACAAGGGUCAGACAUGGAAAAGGCCCCCAAGGGCCCGGAGCCCUCCGCCGUGCCUGAGGAGGGGGUAAAAGACAAAGAAGACGUGAAGGAAUACAGCCCAGUUUUGGAAGGUGACCAGUCUCCUGUCGAGAGGGAUCAGAUGGGAGAGGAGAGCUAUGCUGGUGGCUUGACUGUGCCUGUGUCAGUGUCCGUGGCUGGCAGAGGGACUAAAGGGCUGAUGGUGGUGGUGAAUGACUUCACGGUCAUCCGGAAAAAGUUCAAGUGCCCCUACUGCAGUUUCUCUGCUAUGCACCAGUGCAUCCUAAAGAGGCACAUGCGCUCCCACACCGGUGAGAGGCCCUACCCCUGUGAAAUCUGUGGCAAGAAGUUCACCAGAAGGGAGCACAUGAAGAGGCACACACUGGUCCACAGCAAAGACAAGAAGUAUGUGUGUAAAGUGUGCAGCCGGGUCUUCAUGUCAGCAGCCAGCGUAGGAAUCAAACACGGCUCACGUCGUCAUGGUGUCUGUGCCGACUGCUCUGGCCGGGGCAUGGCGGCGCUGCUGGACCACAACGGGGAGGUGGGAGGAGACAUCUCUCCAGAGGAGGAGCUGUAUCCUGGCGAUCGUUUCCAUGAUGACCAGGCGGAGUGCGAUGGUGACGGAGACGGGGAGGAGGAGAUGAUGGUCGAAGGGGACGGGGAGAUGAUGGGAGAAGGGGAGGAGGAAGGAGGGAAGUGGAAGGACUCGGGGAUGGCCACCGAGGCACAUGGAGCACUGGACAAUGAAAAGGAGGAAAGUGACUCCUCGGCACAGGAGGGGGAGCAGCAGAACGGGAGUGAGGAGAGGGACUUCGCCUGGAUCUCCUAGAACCUGUCAGGCUCCCGCUAGUGGCUCGUCAACCAAUCUCUGAAGAUCUCUUGCGAUGAUCUCUCGGGCAGAAUCCUCUGCUCUAUUUACCCAUUCGUCCCACCGUGGGCAGGCCUUCCUUUGAAUGGAAAUGCUGUAGGGUGAUGCGCGACAAUGAUCUAAAACCAUUAUGAGUAACACACUCAAAUGCACGUACAUACGCAAACACAAACACACAGACACACUUAGGCUAUUCUCAACCUUGACUGCCAUAGUAGAAGAAGAGUGGUCAAGAGAUGGCUCAAGUGCAAGGCUUUUUCUGCUUACCUCCUUUACUUCUGAUGCAGUGUUUUUUGUUUUUCUUUUUCUUGAGGGUUCAGGCCAGAGUCCAGUAGUUUUCUACUCUGUCACAACAGGAAUCAACGAGGACGCUGCCAAGGACAUGGCCAACGCUAGACUGCAACUUUGUAUGUUUGCCAUCACAAUCACCAUGGAAACCAAGGAUCACAGACAGUGUAGGGAAAUAGCCGGGAGGGGAGGGUAGGGUGUCUUGGUCCCACCUCGGCUGCAAUGUUUCUGGGGAAAGUGUCUCUCUACGAGUCUAAAUCUAUUGCAAAGCUACGUGUGUCAGAGGAGCCGGCAGCCCAAAGGCACAUUGUUGAUGCAGAGUCCUACUGCCACAGACUUGCACUUUAAUGACAACUGACUCCUAUCAAAGCCCUGAACCCGUGGUUUACAUUUUUGAUCUGAUCUUUACUUACCUAAACAACUCGGUGACCGCACCUACCUUUAAGGAUAUACUUUAUGUCCUCUUGACUGUUAUCACGAUAUAGAAAUCACUGAAUCUUUGUGCAGAUUGCUGUUUAUAUAGCCUAUGCCUUUCAGUGGGGUCCUUAAUCUUUUCUUCACUUAAGUUUACCACACAGUUUCUAUCAAUCCAUUCCAACAAAUACUGGAGAUUUGACUAAUGUACAUACGAUUUUUUGAAUUUACAAGGGGAGUCGAGUGAGUGUGAGACAGAGAGAGACUGAAAGAGACUUUUGCGGUUUAUACACAAAGUGGACACCAGUUUCUGCUUCCCUGUUUGGAAAAUCAACACAAAUUGCCAACAGUGGAUCCACAUGACCUACACUAUAAACUCUUUCUUUCUCUCUCGCUGUCUCUGGAGGUUGCGAUGAUAGGACCUGAGAGCCACGUCUCUCACACUUAAGGAGGGGCUGCCAUUUGUUUAAUUAAAAACGGUUCUUUAUUUCUUUUCUUUUUGUCCCCUGUUUCUGUCUUGGUCAGUCAUGUAAUUCCAUUUUCUCAACACAGAAUAUGCAGACUAUCUCCGUGGUUUAUCUUUCUUUUUGGUGAUAUGUUUUCUCUGGCUUUGUGCGGCGAAAAGAAGAGGAUCAAAAUUGUGCUUGAAAUUCCAAGUUUGAUAUUCGUAGAGAGUGUAAUAUUAAUUUGUUUUAACAGCUAUUUAUUGAAAAACCUGUUUGUGCAUUCCUAAUUUUUGAGAAGUCCCCCCCCCCCCCUCUUUGUGUUGGUGGAACAGGAUGGGUGUUUGUAUGCAAGAAUGUUUGAGUGUCCAGUGUCCCAAAAAAAAGUCUAUCUUGAUUUCUUAAGAUUAUUUCUAUGUUAAUGACAAUUCAAGUGAGGUAGAUGACGUGUCUUCUUCUUAUGAUUAUCAGAACUAUGAUUACUGUUGUUGAUGUUACUAUUAUUAAUUAUUAUUAAGUGCUGGAUGCUAAGCUUUAUUGUGUUUUCUUUUUUUUUUGACAUUUUAUAUCUUGUAUGAGAAAAAAAAGCUUUUAUACUUUGCCUUGUUGUGGACAGCAAGCCAUGGGGCUUUUAUCAACCUUUUCUUGUGCCAGUUUACUCUUUUUCUGUCGUAUUUGCUUUUUUACCAAGGGGGAAAACAAUUUCACUGUCAAACUUCUCUGUUAGAUAUUGAUUAAAACAUAUAUUCAGCACACGCUUUUGCAUCACUAAUGUACACUAAUUGAUUAAUAUCAAACCAAAAACAAUCUAGUACCUUGUAUACAUGAAGUGCUUUUGUUUCAGUGUGUGUGUGCAGGUGCUUUUUGGAUUUAUUGUUGUGGUUAACAGAUUUGUUGUUGGGUUGUUUUUAUUUUUUGGAACCUGUCACUAUUUGUCACGGGGGGGGGGGGGGCACAUCUUAUGGUAUUAUUGUGAAUAUGAAGGGCUGUGUGAAAGGACCAGCUAGAUUUAGAAGACCGCAUCUUUAAGAGCAAGCUGAUUUUCUUUUUUCUAGUUUCUACUGCCUCAUGCCUCGCAUGACACACAAUCAAGUAGAAAUGCAGCAUGCGGGCAGAACACUCAUCUAAGACAGCUGAGUGUUGAGUCUACAUGCUCUAUUUCUAUCUGCCAGUGUUUUACUGGCUUGACUCUAGGUCAUUUACAUAAAGGGAAAGUGAGCACUGCAGCAGUAACUCUGGGAAACAUUUUGUUGCCAGUGCUGGUUGCACACAUCAGGCCUCUCUGCUACAGGUGCCAUGGACUGCACAUCCCAUUAACUCCCACUGAGAAAGAGUACAAUGCGAUUUGUGAUGCUUUCUUCAUGUCUGGCAACUGUCUUUAUUUUAUUUCUGUUAUUUAUUGUGUUUUUGUUGACCCAUUUAUCAAAAAAGUUGUAAUUUUUUGGGUGAAAAAAAGACAAAAGACAAUGGGGUAGGAUUUUUAUGAAUGUCAAUGGUGGGUGUGGAAGGAGCCCAUGAUCGGUGACAAAUCUCUGUCCUGUGGUGCCGAUGAGCCCACUGAGAGACAUCUGGAUGUAUGUCUGACUCCCCGGCCCCUGCGCUCUUCUCACGACCUGUACUGUAUGUGUCCUCCCUCAUACUGGGUUGUACUUCAGGAAAACGUCUGCCAUCAACCCCUCAAUAUGUGCCUCAAUGACAUUUCACCUGUGUGCUUGUGAGAGAUGUGUUUGUGUCGACGGAUAGAGAUUACUAAAAUGCGACCGAUCAGAUUAGAAGUGCAAAAUGUUUUUGAGGAUAAAACUUCAAAGAGACAAAUCGUGAUGGGCGACGAGAUUCUCCUUCCCACUGUGUGUUGAUGAACUUUUGUGCCCUGAUUCUGUGGUCUUAACUGCAUGCCUGUGCUCAUUUUGUCAUACCAAAGCGACGUCUUCGGCAUCUGCACACAACUGUCUCAUUCCACAUGAUGCAAAACUGGAACUAUUUGCUCUAUUGCAGAUGAAUAUGGGUAUUCUUAGACGUGUACAAAUUGCAAUCCUCAUUUAGCCUGUAUAGCUUGAUUCACACGUGCAAAUCAUGAAGCCAUAGAUAUGGGUAUAUCUAUAUUAUACUAUAUUUCAAAAUUGGCGCUUUUUACUUUACAUUUUGUUCUUCUACUAAGAGUGAUGUGUGUGUAUACCUUCAUAUAUAUGAAUUUAUAUUGCUAUUAUAUAUUAUUUAUUUUCUCAAGUUUCAGAGGGUCUUUAAUUUGUAAAAGGUCGCACUUGAAGCUUGAGUUUUGUUUAUUUUCAUUGGGAAUACUGUUCAAUAUGAUACUGACUUUAUAUUGAUGAUUAUCAUAAACCUGUGUUUGUAACAAAAUGUGUUAAAUAAUCAAAAAAACCUGUCCUGUUUUUACACCUGUUUUGUUUUGGGCAGAUUUAAGUGCUCUUGUGCAGAUAUUUUUCGGUUGAUAGUAUUGAUCACAAAACAUUUUUACAGUCAACCAUGAGCCUCCUGUUUUGAUGUUGGGGCAGAGCCUGCCGGCCGCCAAGCCUCUUUUUAACUUCAUGUUUAGUGGAAGAAUUAGCUUGAUUAUUAUUUGCAAAAACCAAUCAGUCUCAAUAAAUUUUGAAAUUGCUGCUGUAAAGAAGUGA